AUGCCAAGAUUUAAAACAACAUUGUCUGAUGUACUACACUACUGUGUAAAGAGUCCUGCUCCAACUAGUUGUGACUUUGGAGGGAUUGCUACCAUUGUUACCACCAAUCCUAGUUAUGGUACUUGCAUCUUUUCAUCAUCUUCAGGAGGAGGAGCUGGAUCAUCCGGCUCUGGUUCUAACUCAUCUUCAAUAGGUUUUGGUGGGCCUUCAACCUCUCAAGAUUCAUCUCAUUCAACUGGUCUGAGGCCUUUGCAAAGUUUCAUGAUUCUAUAUAACUCGUCCAUAUUAGUUUCAAUACAAAAAAUUACAAUAUCUGUAAUCAGUAUUCAGGGCAAGAAAAAUUUCAUAUUUAAAAUCUUAAUAUUAUGA